CUGCUAGUUUUUCCGGUUCCUGUGCGUGGCGCUGUUUCCCAUCUACAGACGAGAAUGCGGCACGUCCGCUCUACGCAUGCUCACAGAAUCAGUCGACCCUCAAACCCGGAUGUAACCAACGCCUAACCUGUCGGAAGAAAAACGAUGCAGACUAUAAAAUGUGUAGUUGUAGGGGAUGGCGCUGUCGGAAAGACCUGCUUACUCAUCUCCUACACAACCAACAAGUUCCCCUCAGAAUAUGUGCCUACGGUUUUUGACAACUAUGCCGUGACAGUGAUGAUCGGAGGCGAGCCCUACACACUGGGCCUUUUUGACACAGCAGGUCAGGAGGACUACGACAGGCUGCGUCCUCUCAGCUAUCCACAGACAGACGUGUUCCUUGUUUGCUUCUCUGUGGUCUCCCCAUCUUCGUUUGAGAACGUCAAAGAGAAGUGGGUUCCUGAAAUUUCUCACCACUGCCCACGUACGCCUUUCCUGUUGGUGGGCACUCAAGUGGACCUGCGGGAGGACAGCAACACCAUCGAGAAGCUGGCCAAGAAUAAACAGCGCCCCCUGUACCCCGAGACCGCCGAGAAGCUGGCUCGUGAGCUCAGGGCAGUUAAAUAUGUGGAGUGCUCUGCCCUCACGCAGCGAGGACUGAAGAACGUAUUCGACGAGGCCAUCUUGGCUGCUUUGGAGCCUCCCGAGACCAAACCCAAGAGGAAGUGUGUUCUUCUAUAGACGACGGCAACAGUUAAAAACCAAACGGUAUAAGAAAUGCGUGGGGGGGCAAAAUCAAAAUAUCAAGUGAGUUCAGUGGCCAAUUAAGACAAGGGGAAGGUGCAAAGAGACUUAAAACAACGUGACUGUGGCGAUCGUGCCUUCAAAAUAAGAGUUGAAAGAAAGAAGCUGAGAAAGCAAAAAGGUCAGUGUGCAGUAAACACGGGUAGCAUCACCCAUCUCCUCGUCACUGAAAGCUUUUAGAAAGUGCAGUGUUCUCCGCAAAUAUUCCAAUGGGGCAGGACCCCCUCCCUGCCUCCUUUAAUCCAUCCCCUCUCCCUUUUAAAGAUAUUUUUUUUAUUAAAUAGCUUUUUUCCUCCUGGGCUUGAUUUCAUGUGUCCUACUGGGGCUUUUCCUCAUUGUAAUGGUAAGAAAUAGAAAACAAAUGAGAUUUUCAGUGAACUUUGGUUAGUACAUUUAAAGGGGCAACAUAAAUGAUAAGUGGUACUCUGCUUUAUUAAUGACGGAUUUGAAUGAUGGAAGCACAUUAGAUCUGCUACACUCCAAACAAACCUAGCAUUUUUAAUGACGGAUUUGAAUGAUGGAAGCACAUUAGAUCUGCUACACUCCAAACAAACCUAGCAGUCUGCUACUUCCUUCCAGCGCGCAGUGAUUAGUUGGGAGGACAUUUGACCCUUUUUCCCUUUUCUGGGUGACUUAAGAAUUUGUAUUUUAUUUUUCCUUUUGUGUAUAUUGUAUUGCCUAUGUGACUUUGUUUUGGGACCCUUUUUCUUAGCAAUAAUUUCAUUUUGAAACUUUCAUCACUAGACAACCAACAGGGUGAUUGAUUUAGAAAAAAAAUACAAAAUCAAUAAUAAAAAAAACCUCAAGCUGUAAUAUUUUGCAUAGAUCUUAAUCCUGAGCGAUUGAGAUGUUAACCUUUGCUAGUAAAAAUUUGUGGGAGUUUGUAAUCGCAUAAUAUUUGUAAUAAAAAUGGUUUAACUGACUCAGACAUAA